AGGAUGGUCUCCACGUCUCUGGACUGCAGGGAGUGGGUUGUGAAGCCCCGGGCGUGGAGGAGGUGCUCCGUGAUGGCUGACUGGGAAGAGUAGACUAAAGCAGCGUGUGAGUGGUGAGGGUUUGGCAGCCACUUGCUGUUUGCACGAGAGGUGUCAUUUCUCCUGGGAAAAGGCAGGCGCAGGCUGCUGCGAGGGGGUGUGCCUCCGUGCCACUCACUGCCCAGGUGCAAGGUUGUUCCUCAAAGAAUCCUGGUCCAUGAACCGAGCUGAAAGGGGAGGAUAAGACCAGGGGACAGGCUUCUUGGGAAGACAAGUCCAGAAACCCCCGAGAGGCCAUCCGUGGUCCAGCUUCUGCAUAAGACACAGCUGGGGUGAGGGGAACAAAAGGGCCAGAAGCUGGACGGCUUUCCCAGGAACACGCAGAGGAAGCCGUGUGGGGAAAUUGAACCACUUGGGAGAUGGCCACCAAACAGACUGAGCCCGUCACCAUCAUUAGCCUUCGGAAGUUGAGCCUGGGGACCGCAGAGCCACAGGCGAAAGAGUCAAAGACGUUCACCGUGGAAGACGCAGUGGAGACCAUCGGAUUCGGACGUUUCCACAUUGCCCUGUUUCUCAUCAUGGGCAGCACUGGGGUUGUCGAGGCCAUGGAGAUCAUGCUAUUAGCUGUUGUGUCUCCUGUCAUCCGCUGUGAAUGGCAACUGAAGAAUUGGCAGGUGGCGUUAGUGACCACGAUGGUGUUUUUUGGCUACAUGGUUUCCAGCAUCCUCUUUGGUCUCCUGGCUGACAGAUACGGCCGUUGGAAGAUCUUGCUGAUCUCGUUCCUGUGGGGAGCCUAUUUCUCCCUGCUGACCUCUUUCGCUCCCUCAUACAUCUGGUUUGUCUUCCUGCGGAUGAUGGUGGGCUGUGGUGUGUCCGGCCACGCGCAAGGGCUAAUCAUAAAGACUGAAUUUUUGCCCACAAAAUAUCGAGGCUACAUGCUACCCUUGUCUCAGGUGUUCUGGCUGGCUGGCUCCCUGCUCAUCAUCGGCCUGGCCUCCGUGGUCGUCCCCAGCAUCGGGUGGCGCUGGCUCAUCCGCGUGGCCUCCAUUCCGGGCAUCCUCCUCAUCGUGGCCUUCAAGUUUAUCCCUGAAUCUGCUCGGUUCAAUGUCUCCACCGGGAACACUCAGGCUGCCCUGGCGACUCUGGAGAGCAUCGCCAGGAUGAACCGUUCGGCCAUGCCGGAGGGGACGCUGGUGGAGCCCAUCCUGGAAAAAAGAGGAAGAUUUGCAGACCUGUUGGAUGCUAAGUAUUUACGGACCACAUUACAGAUCUGGGUCAUAUGGCUGGGAAUCUCUUUCGCCUACUACGGGAUCAUCCUGGCCAGCGCCGAGCUGCUGGAGCGGGACCUAGUCUGCGGGUCGAAGCCCAGGGUGGUGGAGACCCCGGGGGACCCAGAGAGUCAGAGCCCCUGCCACUGCCACAUGUUCACCCCCUCCGACUACCAGACCAUGAUCAUCAGCACCGUUGGCGAAAUCGCUCUGAAUCCUUUGAACAUGCUGGGCAUCAACUUCCUGGGGAGACGGCUGAGUCUUUCCAUCACCAUGGGGUGCACGGCGUUAUUCUUCCUUCUGCUCAAUAUUUGCACUUCAAGUGCCGGCCUGAUUGGCUUCCUCUUCAUGCUGAGGGCUCUGGUGGCUGCAAACUUCAUCACCAUCUACAUUUACACAGCCGAGGUCUACCCCACCGCAGUGCGUGCUUUGGGAAUGGGAACCAGCGGCUCCCUGUGUCGCAUUGGUGCGAUGGUGGCGCCAUUUAUAUCCCAGGUUCUUAUGAGUGCAUCAUUCCUGGGGGCCCUGUGUCUCUUCUCAUCUGUCUGUGUUAUAUGUGCCAUUUCUGCAUUUACUCUCCCCAUUGAGACCAAAGGACGGGCCCUACAGCAAACUAAAUGAAGAUCUGCAAAGCUAUGGCUACCAGAGGAGAAAAAUGCAUUUUAUUGUCAGACUUGUGGUACAGUUUUUAAAACUUGGUUUUACUUCUGUAUGUUACUCAGUAAUUAAUAAACUGAUUAUGUAUUUUAAAAAAAUAAAGCACCUAGGGGAAUAGGGUAGGUAACUAUAUAUUGAGAAAGAACUAUUAAAAAAAAAGGUAUGAUUUUAGAUGGUAGGGGAAAGAUGGCUUUUCUUCCUUGACAUCAAGUCUGUUAACUGUUAUAGGAAUAAAUACUAAAUCUUAGAAAAAACAUAUCUGAUAUUCUUCGAUGAGGUUUAUAACUAAA